AUGGUUAUGGCGCAGCCGAGGGAUCCUCCCCUGUUAUCACAGGAAAGUCAAAAGCCCACCCUACCCUCGGAAAACCAGGCACACCAGUUACCCGUGGAGAGGCAAGUGCCCUCAUUACCCCAGGCACCGCCAGACCCCCUUGCACCCCAGGCAAGGCAGAUACCACCGCCACCCAGGGCAAGGCAGAUACCACCGCCACCCAGGGCAAGGCAGAUACCACCGCCACCCAGGGCAAGGCAGAUACCACCGCCACCCAGGGCAAGGCAGAUACCACCGCCACCCAAGGCAAGGCAGACACCACCACCUCCGCGGACAAGACAGCCACCCCCACCAUCCCGGGGAAAUCAUGCACCCACGCAACCCCGAGUGAGAAAGGCACCACCGCCACCUCGGGAGACAAAGGCACCACCGCCACCUCGGGAGACAAAGGCACCACCGCCACCUCGGGAGACAAAGGCACCACCGCCACCUCGGGAGACAAAGGCACCACCGCCACCUCGGGAGACAAAGGCACCACCGCCACCUCGGGAGACAAAGGCACCACCGCCACCUCGGGAGACAAAGGCACCACCGCCACCUCGGGAGACAAAGGCACCACCGCCACCUCGGGAGACAAAGGCACCACCGCCACCUCGGGAGACAAAGGCACCACCGCCACCUCGGGAGACAAAGGCACCACCGCCACCUCGGGAGACAAAGGCACCACCGCCACCUCGGGAGACAAAGGCACCACCGCCACCUCGGGAGACAAAGGUUCCCACUCCAGAGAGGCAUCCUCCCCCACUACAACAUCAGGGAGGAAUGCGCCCCCACAACCACCAUCAGGGAGGCAUGUGCCCCACUACCACCAUCAGGGAGCUCGCACCCCCACUACCAUCAGGGAGGUAUGCGCCCCCACUACCACCAUCAGGGAGGAAUACGCCCCCACUACCACCAUCAGGGAGGUAUGCGCCCCCACUACCACCAUCAGGGAGGUAUGCGCCCCCACUACCACCAUCAGGGAGGUAUGCGCCCCCACUACCACCAUCAGGGAGGUAUGCGCCCCCAUUACCACCAUCAGGGAGGUAUGCGCCCCCACUACCACCAUCAGGGAGGUAUGCGCCCCCACUACCACCAUCAGGGAGGUAUGCGCCCCCACCACCAUCAGGGAGGUAUGCGCCCCCACCACCAUCAGAGAGGUAGAAGGCAUGUGUGCCCCAAAAACACCAGGGACGCAUGUGCCCCCACCACCAUCAGAGAGGCAUGCACUACCAUCAGAAAAGUUGUCUGCCGACACAAUUAUUUAUAAAUACAUUUUUUUUAUUAAAAUGUUUAAUUAAAAUGUU